AUGGACCGAAUUGGUAAUUUUCUCAAAUCCUGGGCCCAUCAACAAAACGACGAUGAUUUUGUGGAUCGAUUGCACUACAAGGUGACAACGGUCAUGCUGACAAGUCUCUCGUUUAUGAUCUUUGCCAAGGAAUAUGGGGGGAAUCCGAUCAGAUGUUGGCCGAGCCCAGAGUGGACGGGCAGUUGGGUGGAGUACGCCCAUGACAUCUGCUUCAUCGAGAACACGUAUUAUCUCCCUCUCGAUCAGAAACCCUCCAAAUUUCAGAGAGGUCCCGAUAAGGAGAUCAAUUACUAUCAAGUAGGAUCUUUUCCAAUGCCACAUCCUUGUAUUUCAAAAUAAUUCUGAUAACCUCGUAAAUUUUUAGAACUUUUUUUUAUGUGUAAGUGUAGAUGUGAAACAUAUUAUAAUACAUAACUACAUUAUUUUAAUACAGUUUCAAAGAAAUCCAAAUUCUGGUUUAAAAAGGUUAUGAAUGUCGCCUGUAUUGACAAAUUUGGCGGAGUUCUUCUUACACUUGCAGUUGCGUCUUCAAUGCACAUUCUUAGACCAUAAUUUGCGUUGUUUCCAAAAUUAAAAUGUCGUAUUUGCAACUUUCUUUAGAGAAAUAAGGGUACUUGUUCUUUGAACUUUGCUUUUUUUGGUUAAGGUAACCUUUUAGUGGGUCCCGUUCUUCCUGCUAGGCCAGGCCAUCCUUUACAAUCUUCCUUCCCUCUUUUGGCGGAAUCUGAAGAGUUCUUCCGGUCUCCAUGUUCGGGCAAUAUUAUCAAUGACCACAAAUGCCGUCGGAAAUCUCGAAUUUGAUGAGAUCGCUAAACAUAAAUUGGCCGAGUUCAUCCACAACACCAUCAAAUAUCGGACUCAGAAAAGACAAAAUCAAACAUUUCUUCAGAAAUGGCUGUGGUAAGAUUUCAGUGCGUUAAAUUGAGAUAUCAGUCUGUCGGGAAAAUAAUGGGCACUAUAUCGCCGCUUAAAUGAAAAGCAGUUUGCCGCGACACAACUGGUUUCCACGGCGGUGAUGUAAUUUUAGAUGCGACAGAGUGCUCAUUAUUUUCCCGACAGACCUACAUUUCAUUAAAGGCAUUGCGGUUUUUCGAGUUACGAUGAUUCGGGCCACCGACACGCCGAUCCAACAAUACAUUUUUACAUACAAUCGAUGGUGCUUCCGAAAAAUGUUCAUUUCUUUACUUUCUUUUCUUAAGUACAGGGUGCGGCAAUUUUUCGGCCGGAUUUGAAUUGGCUAUAACUUUUUUAGUUUGUAUCCGAAUGUUAAAAUUCUUUUUUUCCCUGAAUCCUCAGACAACCCCAUUUUGUUUAAUACCAAAUAUGUUAUAUAUACAGGGACCUAGUUCACAGUUAUUGGCAUUUCGGUCGUUUUCUCUGCUUUUUCGGCGUGUCUGAAAAUCGCCAGAAAAAAUGACUUUUUUUACGAAUUUUGUCGUAAAAAGUUUCAUGCCUGUUCAUGCCAUGGAGAAUACCCUUUCCACAAAAAAUCAGCUAUCUCCGCACAAAACUAGCGAAGAUCUAGCCAAAAAGUUUUUCUGUGUGAUCCACUCAUAUGCCCUCCUGACCGCAAAGAAUCGUUGAAUAUCUUGGUCGCCCCUGAAAGGUGCGGGCUGAAACUUUCAGGAAUUGAUGUGUGGCCUAUGUGCGGCCCAUGUGCAAAAUUUAAAGAAAAUCUGAGAGUCGCACUAGGGGUAAUUCCAUUGUCAGCUAUAAAAAUUAGAGCUUUUUCUUUGUGUCGAAUUUUUACUGUAGUCUAAUGAACGGGUAUAACAUAUUUGGUAUUAAACAAAAUGGGGUUGUCUGAGGAUUCAGGGAAAAAAAGAAUUUUAACAUUCGGAUAAAAACUAAAAAAGUCAUGGCCAAUUAAAAUCCGGCCGAAAAAUUGCCGCACCCUGUAUUACUGCUAAGUGCCAUGAUCAUGUUUUCCAAUUUUAUCAGCACCAUUGAACUCCAUUAUUUUUAGUAAAAAUUUAGAUUACAUACAUAUGUGUCGUUGGCCCAAAACGACGUUGACCCGAACUGUUAAAACCCGAAAAAUCCCGACGCGUAUUUAACAAAGUUUGAUAUUUUUUAAACGAAUUGAUUUGAUUACUUUCAGCAUCAUCGAGCGAUUACAAGGAGACUCCCGACUGGCCAUAUUGUACUACACGAAGAAGAUUCUGUUUCUUUUGACGUCUCUUUAUCAAGUAAGUAAGAUCAGAUGGGCAAAGACUGACGUAACGAAAGCCAUUUGUUACGCGAGAGCGUUCGUUUUUUGCUUUUGCAGGAAUUUUAAUGGAAUUCUAUAAAUAUGAAUAAUAAGAUUAUUAUGGAAUACUGUAAUGUUUCUCGUCAUUUUUUUGACACUUUUGUAAUAUUUUACUUUGAGCUGGUGCUAGUCGGGCGAUUCCUGGGAUUUUCAAAUACUUUAUGGGGAUUUGACAGCAUAAAUCAACUUCGAAAUGGGCAAACCUGGGAGAAAACUGGGAUUUUCCCUCGAGUCACCAUGUGUGAUUUCCAGGUACGUCAUGAUGAGUAGUUGUGAUGACGGCUUAUGUAAACUUACGCAAGGUUUUCAGAUCCGAAACAUCGCCGGUCCUCCCAAAACAUUUACAAUCCAAUGUGUUCUAAUGGCCAACAUGAUUAACGAGAAGAUCUUCCUCGGGAUGUACUGCUGGAUUUGCAUUCUCUUGGCCAUCACUAUUGUGAAUCUCUUCCAAUGGUGGAAUAACCUCUCCAACUCUUCGAAUCGAGUCAAAUAUAUUUACAACGCUCUAAUUGCCGGUCAUUCCAUUAGAAAGAUCGAAGCCGAAGCCAAACCAGAAUACGACCAGGCUCAGGAAUUCACGGAGUUCAUGACUGUAGAUGGUGUUCUCAUCUUCCGAUUAAUGGAGAUUAAUUCGAGUUGCUUGAUCAGCAACGACGUCUUAUACGAGGUCUUCAGGAUUCAUUUCGGGUUGUUGUAAGUAUUUUUGUUUGAGUUAUGGGCAAUGAGUUCAUUUCUGGUGACUCAAAUGCAUUACUACAUACUUUAGUGAUGAACAAAAGCAAAAGGAGAGAGAACAAGAAGAACAAAAGAAUGAUGACCGUUGA